UUGGUCGAAUUUUGCGAUAGUCUCGCGAGAAUUCAGAAUGUAAACAUAAAAUUGGAAAAGCCCUUCAUGCUAAUUUUAGACUUAAAUAAAUUGAAAGUAGGUAGCAUGGAGGAAAGUGCAACUCCAUAUCAACAUGUUAAGUUUAAAGAAUUGCAGAGUUUUGGAUUAGAAAAUGUGACUCAGAUGAGGACAACAUUCAAUGUAUAUUUAGACCUGUGUGAAGUUAGAGGAUGGUGGAAUGUUAAACUUCAUGGUUGUCUUGACCUUGACAUGGCCUUCAUAUCAGGUCACCCAACAAGAGAGGACCCGAGAGAAAUAGUCUUACCUUUGCAGAGCUCUGACAACCUCAGUCCAGACUGUCUUCAGCAAUAUCUUCAGAAUAUAAAAUUGGACGAUUAUGAAACUUACGGAAUCACUCUUGCCAUCUGUGACUCGGACACCACAACCGUGUACUACAAGAUAACGGAAGGGCUAGUCGACCCUGAACCCCCGGAGGUUACGGAGGUCAAAAAGGUUCAACGAUUUGAAAUGAUGAGGAAGCGUCAAAUGAACAUUCAGGGUGCUAUUCAGUCCUAUAAAACUGCUAAAGUACUGGACGAUGCAACACGAGACACUAUAAGGACUGUCAGCACUGACUAAUGGCACAGUUAGCUCAAUUUAUGUAGGCCAGUUUUAAUUGGCGUGUGGACCAAGAUUCUCGUACCAGACCGGUAAAGCAGAGUAUUACGAGUGGAGAGAAUAGACGUUGUUUAUUUGUUUAUUGAUGGAGAGUCGGUGCCCUCAGGUGCCUGGCUGCUUUAUGGGUUUAUUCACAAGCAGGACAUGGAUAGCUUUACUGUCAAGUAAAAAAAAUAAUUGAAAAUUAAAACUUUGAAGAAAGUG